ACUGACUAUAUCACAUCGAAGGAUGAGCAACCUACCGUCGCACCUGACCAGCCUGCAAGUGCCCCGCCGGGGGGCCGUCGUCGUCGUCGCCGGAGACGUGGACGCGGUGGACCCCUACGACGUCCCGCAGCCGCAGACGGCCACCUGCUGCACGGCGCUGCAGCGUGGCGUGGCUUCCGACGGGCUCGCGCAGCCGCGGUACGCGCCGCUGCGGACGCUAGCAACCGUCGACGACGACGACGAAGAAGAGGAUGAUGGCGAUGACCAUGAUUCCAAUAACGGCAAGGACGACAAGCAGGACGACGACGACAGCGCCGCCGCGAUGACGACGACCACGAUGAGGAGCGACAGCAAUAGCAGCAGCAGGAGGAGUAAUAACAAGAAGAUGGUGCGCAAGUGCAAGUCGACGGUGGAUGAGUUGAAGGUGUCGCAGCUCAUCCAGGGCCCCCGGCUCCGGCGCAGCGUCGGCAUGCGCCGGGAUUGGAGCUUCGAGAACCUCGGCAACGCCGCCUAGCUAGUUCGCUAGCUACAAGCUCUUGUAGCUCGAUCGCUCCCCGGCUAGCUAGCUGGCCCCCCACAAGGCGAGGUUUCCAUUCCAUGGCUACACCCCCACAAACUCCAUGCGUAGAUCCGAUCCGCCGGCCGGCAUGGCCCGUCCAGCAGCUUUAUUUCUGCAUACCACUAUAUACUUUACGGUGCUACAGUACACGUAUGUAAAUACAUAGUACAUUCUUGUGUACAUGCUGGCGCAAAAUUCUACCUGCAAGGAUCUAAUGUUGCACAAUUAGUAACAUCUACACGAUCCGAAAUCUAUACAUAUGUAUAUACAUUGUUGAUGUGUAUGACCGUUGUAAAAAAAAUGCAAUUAUAAAAUAGAGCUGAGUCAAACUGU